AGCUGAUUUUGGAUCAAAAAGUGAAAGACCGCGCGACGAUCAACCGAUCAAUCGGUGAAUUCAGACGACGCAUGGAGCCAUGCAGCCGCCCAUUCGUGUCUAUGCAGAUGCAAAGCAACGAGCCAGCCAAGGCUACAAGGACCGCCUACCGCAUGGCAUCGCGGACACAGGUCGCGGGCCAGUGCUGCUGCUGGCUUCAGCGGGCUGUGAGGUAGCAAAUGGCAUCUACCAAGCCACUUCAGCGAAGCGAAACGCCGCCCCGGUGUUUCAGCAUUUGCGACGGCCAGGAUGCAAGAUCUACCGAGACGCGCAAUCUGUGCAGGGCCGUGUGAAGCAUGGCUGGUUGUUGACCAGAGAGGGCGAGCCUCUCUACGGCAUUCCGACAGAGAGCCAGUCGGUACCAUCGGCAUCUUGGCGUUGCUACAAGGCGCAGGAGCCAGCGCCGGAGGUCGUCUGCUUUCAGGACGUGGCGGAGGCAGUGUACUUUGUAGUGGACCAUGCAGAGGUGGCUGCCACAGCAGCGAUGGAAGCAGAGGAUUGGCAAAGAGUUUGCGAUCAGUCAACUGCAGCCUUGGACGAUCUUGCAUGUGCGGGACAUCGUUUUGGAGAAGCCUUUGAGGCUCGGGCAGUGCGCUGGCUCACUCGACGCUCCCAGGCGGAGCUGCGCUUGAGGGAAACUUCUGCAGCUCUGCGCGACGCGGUUGCAGCAGUGGAGAUCUCUCCCAGUGACACUGCGGCCAAGGCCGCAGCCUUGGAGGUGGCUCGACAGCUGGGGGACGAGGAGAUGCUGCAGGUCGUGGGCGCCGGUGAGAUUCUGGACCGGUGUGCGCCUUUGGCGCUGCGGCCAGUGGAGAGGUGGGUGGAGGAGGUGCAGAGAGUAGUUGAAGCGCGGGCUGCUUUGCGGGAGCGUCGCGCCGAGAGUGCGGACGCAGACUGCCCCGGCCAGGAGGAGAACCAGCAGGUGAACAGCAGUGACGUGAAGGUGGUAACGCCAAUCCAGAGUGUGGAUCCGCUGGGUGAUGGUGAGGUGACCGAUGCCUAUCACCUUGGCUUCACGUGCUGGCUGCUUCUGCGAGUCGAAGAUAUGCGGGAGCCCUUGCUCUUCCACGAGUGGGUUCUUUGGCUGGGCGGCCAACUCUCAGUGAUGAACUGGCGCUUCCUUGCAAAGCGGAAGGGCCUGGCCUUAGAUGUCGAGUCCCCGGAGUCGCCGCGCUCAGAGCGAAGGCGGAUUGUGGAGCAACUCGCUGCGGCCUACGAGCUUGCAGGUCGUCCAGACGCAGAGGAUCGUACUAGCGCUCCGUGCUGCGACGCUGACAUCAUUCUUGCGCAGGUUCGCCAGAAUGUGCCAGCGCUGAAGGGCGUGAAGUGGCGCAAGGAAAGCUGACGAGUGUUCCGAGAGGACUUUGAGCGUCAAGGAUUCCGAAGGAAUCAGAGUUCUUGGCUGCAAAGACGGCCGGCAAAGACCAGCGCAUCGGCCAAA